CCUUCGGCCUUCCGUAGUCUCGCUCGGUUUCGCGAGAUCGAGGCUGAGCUCCGCCGCGCCGCCGUGGGGGCGACCCCAGAACACUUCCGGGUGUAACUGGUUGUGCUGUCUGUGUACUUCCGGCAGCCUCCAGACGGUUUCUUCCGCUUCCUGUACCACCUGGCUCAAGUAGCGGACACGGAACCGGGGACUAUCAGCCCGUCGGCCUCCGGACCCUACAGUCUCUAGCCAUGGACCGGGACCUUCUGCGGCAGUCGCUAAAUUGCCACGGGUCGUCUUUGCUGUCUCUACUUCGGAGCGAACAGCAGGACAAUCCACACUUCCGUAGCCUCCUGGGGUCGGCCGCCGAGCCAGCCCGGGGCCCGCAGCCCCAGCAGCAGUUGCAGGGCAGAAAAGAGAAGAGAGUUGACAACAUCGAGAUACAGAAAUUCAUCUCCAAAAAAGCGGAUCUGCUUUUUGCACUUUCCUGGAAAUCAGAUGCACCUGCAACUUCUGAAAUUAAUGAAGACAGUGAAGAUCAUUAUGCAAUCAUGCCACCUUUAGAGCAAUUCAUGGAGAUACCUAGUAUGGAUCGGAGAGAGCUGUUUUUCCGAGAUAUUGAGCGUGGUGAUAUAGUGAUUGGAAGAAUUAGUUCUAUUCGGGAAUUCGGUUUUUUCAUGGUGUUGAUCUGUUUAGGAAGUGGUAUCAUGAGAGAUAUAGCCCACUUAGAAAUCACAGCUCUUUGUCCCUUAAGAGAUGUGCCUUCUCACAGUAACCAUGGGGAUCCUUUAUCAUAUUACCAAACUGGUGACAUCAUUCGAGCUGGAAUCAAGGAUAUUGACAGAUACCAUGAAAAGCUAGCAGUAUCUCUGUAUAGCUCUUCUCUUCCACCACACCUAUCUGGUAUUAAAUUAGGUGUAAUUAGCUCUGAAGAGCUUCCUUUAUACUACAGGAGAAGUGUUGAGCUAAAUAGCAAUUCUUUGGAGUCCUAUGAAAAUGUCAUGCAGAGUUCCUUGGGAUUUGUUAAUCCAGGAGUAGUUGAAUUCCUUCUAGAAAAACUAGGAAUAGAUGAAUCUAAUCCACCAUCUUUAAUGAGAGGCCUACAAAGCAAAAAUUUCUCUGAAGAUGAUUUUGCUUCUGCAUUGAGAAAAAAACAAUCCGCAUCUUGGGCUUUAAAAUGUGUGAAGAUCGGAGUUGACUAUUUUAAAGUUGGACGCCAUGUGGAUGCUAUGAAUGAAUACAAUAAAGCUUUGGAAAUAGACAAACAAAAUGUGGAAGCUUUGGUAGCUCGUGGAGCAUUAUAUGCGACAAAAGGAAGUUUGAACAAAGCAAUAGAAGAUUUUGAGCUUGCAUUAGAAAACUGUCCAACUCACAGAAAUGCAAGAAAAUACCUCUGCCAGACACUUGUAGAGAGAGGAGGACAGUUAGAAGAAGAAGAAAAGUUUUUAAAUGCUGAAAGUUACUAUAAGAAAGCUUUGGCUUUGGAUGAGACUUUUAAAGAUGCAGAGGAUGCUUUGCAGAAACUUCAUAAAUAUAUGCAGAAAUCUUUGGAAUUAAGAGAAAAACAAGCUGAAAAGGAAGAAAAGCAGAAAACAAAGAAAAUAGAAACAAGUGCAGAAAAGUUGCGUAAGCUCUUAAAAGAAGAGAAGAGGCUAAAGAAGAAAAGAAGAAAAUCAACUUCUUCUUCAAGUGUUUCUUCUGCUGAUGAAUCAGUGUCUUCAUCAUCAUCCUCUUCCUCUUCUGGUCACAAAAGGCAUAAGAAACAUAAGAGGAAUCGUUCAGAGUCUUCUCGCAGUUCCAGAAGGCAUUCAUCUAGGGCAUCCUCAAAUCAGAUAGAUCAGAAUAGGAAAGAUGAGUGCUACCCAGUUCCAGCUAAUACUUCAGCAUCUUUUCUUAACCAUAAACAAGAAGUGGAGAAACUACUGGGGAAGCAGGAUAGGUUACAGUAUGAAAAGACACAGAUAAAAGAGAAAGAUAGAUGCCCUCUCUCUUCAUCUUCACUUGAAAUACCGGAUGAUUUUGGAGUGUACUCCUAUUUAUUUAAAAAGUUAACUAUAAAACAGCCUCAGGCAGGUCCUUCAGGAGAUAUUCCAGAAGAGGGCAUUGUUAUCAUAGAUGACAGCUCCAUUCAUGUUACUGACCCUGAAGACCUUCAAGUGGGACAAGAUAUGGAGGUGGAAGACAGUGGUAUUGAUGAUCCUGACCACGGGUAGGCUUAGGUUUAUGUGUGUGUAUGUGUCUUAGUUUUUAACAAAAAAGUUAAAAAGUAAAAAAAUUAAAAAUAGAAAAAUGCUUAGAGAAUAAGGAUAUAAAGAAUAUUUUUGUGCAGUUGAACAAUGAGUGCUUAAGCUAAAUGUCAUCACAAAAGAGUAAAAAAAUUUUACAAAAUUAAAAAUGUUUAAAGUUAAAAAGCUCUAGGAAGCUAAGGUCAAUUUAUUAUUGGAGAAAUAAAAUUAUUUUUAUGAAUUUACUGUAGCCUAAGUGUACAUUGUUUAUCAUGUCUACAGUAGUGUUCAGCAAUUAGGCCUUCACAUUCUCUCACCACUCACUCACUCACUCACUCACUCACCCAGAGCAGCUUCCAGUCCUGCAAGCUCCAUUUAUGGUAAGUGCCCUGUACAGGUGUACCAUUUUUUUAAUCCAUUAUACCAUAUUUUUAUUGUACCUUUUCUAUGUUUAGAUUUGUUUAGUUACACAAGUACCGUUGUGUUACAGUUGCCUAUAGUACUCAAUACAGUAACACACUUUACAAGCUUAUAGCCUAGGAACAAUAGGCUAUACCAUCUAGGUUUGUGUAAGUACACUCUUACGAUGUUCACACAGUGACAAAAUCGCCCAAGGAUGCAUUCAUCAGAACACAUUCCCAUUGUUAUCCAAUGCAUGACUGUAUAAUGGUUUUAUGGAUUAAAUUUUUUAUGUAAUUCAACUGGAAAGUAUUUUUAUGUUAUUUUGGAAAAAAUAAAACAAUGACAAUUGAAAUCAUGGAA